UUUCAUCCAAUGUUAACCGUAUCCUAUCCUGAUUCGCCGUCGCCAUGAGCAACGUUAAUCCGAACCCGGAAAGGGUGCUGGCAAUCCCUGUGAAGAAGAGUGAUCCGGUGGGUCUGUACCGGCCGUUACGCAAGUUCGUAGCCAGAAAAUAUUCAGAGAGCGAUGCACAGAAAGUGGAAAGCAUUCUCGAAACCCUAAACAACUGCCGCAGGGACAUGGUGGAGCGAGGGGACCUCUCCCUUCCCAUGCAACGUGACUGCCUCAUCCACUACUUCAAAUGUCUCUGCAUGGUUGACCCACUCUUCACCGCUAUCUCCUCCGAUGCCGACGCCGACCCGAUCACCUUUGUCUGGUACGACGCCUUCUCCUCUGAGCAUGACAAUGGGGUCUCCUCGCAGCGCAACAGCAUCCAAUUGGAGAAGGCUGCUGUUAUCUUCAACCUUGGCGCCAUCUGCAGCCAGAUUGGGGCCUCUUGCGACCGCACCACCUCCCUUGGCCGUCACCUUGCAAUGGACGCAUUCAAUGCCGCCGCCAAUUUCUUCUUCAAACUCUGGAAGGUUUUUGCCAAGGACGUCUCCGCCACUCUCGACUUGACUCUACUCUUCGCCGAGAGUCUGCACCGCCUCUUCUCCGCUCAGGCCUCGGAGCUCAACUUACAGCAACGACUUCACCACAACAACACAAAUGACGACGCCAGUUCCGCUCAACAACAACAUCAUUGUGCCGUUUGGUUUGAAUCGGUUUCUAAGCUUUAUCGGAUGGCAUUUGAUCUGAUACUAAGUGAUUCGGCUGCAACCAAACUUGUUGGCUCAUUUGACGAAACCUGGAUAACACAUCUUUCUCGGAAGGUGAAAUUCUUUGAGGUGGAGGCUCGUCAGAGGCGAUCAUCCAUCCUACCCAAUUCCAAGCGACCUAGAACAUUGUCAUUGGUUCAAUCUUGUAGUCUUGAUCAUGAUGCAGAAUCUGUCACUGAAAAAUUAGUUAGAGGGAUUUGUUGCAUGAUUUCAUUGUUACAAUCUUGUCUUGAUCAUGAUGUAAAUCCUGUCCUUGAAAAGAACACUAGAAAGUUUUGCAAGUCCUGGGACAUGUCUAUACCCAAGCAACAUAGAAUCCCAUACCUUGACCUCCUCCUCUCUGAGUACAGCUCUUUCAAGAUUAUUGACAAUGGAAAGCUAGUGGCCAGCCCGUGGAACAUGCCUCCUCCUUAUCCAAUAAAUUUGGCCAUCCUCUCAGCUUCGUCUUUCUCAGAUAUGCUGGCAAUCCCUUUGAAGAAGAGUGAGCCCUUGGACCUCUAUGAGCCCCUUCACAGUUAUGUUGCCCUUAAAUACUCAGAGAGCGAGGCAAAGAGAGUAGAAGGCCUUUUCCAAAUGCUACAUAAAUUGCGCAGUGAAAUGCAGCGUGAUGAACUCUCUCUACCCAUUCGCCGUGACUGCUUCAUCCGCUAUUUCAAAUGCCUUUGCAUGGUUGAGCCUUUGUUCCCCAUGACUAACUCACCCAGUACACCUAUCUUUGUUUGGUACAAUGCCUUCAACCCACAAGAGAAUUCUUCCCAGCACAACAUCCAUUUGGAAAAGGCCUCUGUUCUCUUCAACUUGGGAGCCCUCUGCACCCACAUUACUCUCUCCUGCGAUCUUACCACCGACCAAGGCCUUCACCUUGCCGUGGACACCUUAAAUGAUGCUUCGUAUUGGUUCUUCAUACUGUGGAAGCAUGAGGCAGAGAAGGCAUCUGCCACCAUUGACUUGUCAGUAAACUGCGUCGAGCUGCUUCGCGAGAUAAUAACCGCUCAGAUUGACGAAUUGAAAUGGAAUUAUCCUCCUUCCCAUUGUAAUUCCCAUUCUUAUCGAUCAUCGUUACCUGCAUAUCCAGUUGCUCAGCAUUAUCGGAAAGCUUAUGAUAUGUCGACAUUUGGGCCUUUGGCUGAGAAUCUUGUUCAAUCCUCAAUACCUCAAUUUCUUGAGUCGAAGAAAAAAACCUGCCUUGUUAAAACUGGUUCCAGUGUCACUGAACAAUUUAUUUUGGGGUAUUGUGAGGCUCAAUCCCUGCUUCAAGAGGGAUGUCAAACAUCAUGCUUGGACCUUUUCUCCGAGGUUGGCUCUUUCAAGAUUAAGGAUGGAAAUCUUGUGGCCAACCUUAGAGGCAGUAAUGUUGCCAUUGGAGGAGAUGAGCUCUCAGGAGACCAUACCACCACAGUAACAUUACCAUAGAGAAAAACAAAACGAGCUUUAGGAUUUUUCUUUUCCUUUUUGAAAUUGGAUGUUGGAAUUUUGUUUGUCGAUGCUAGA